CCCCUUGGUCCCCUUUCCCUCUCUAUUUACUCAGAUGGAAUCUCUUUUUCAGUUGGGGGGGGGGAUCUGGUUUUCUUCAAACUUCUCCCUCCUCUUUUCCAUCUCCCCAGGAAAAAAGGACCCAAUAAGGGGGGGCGAAUGCGACUAAAGAGGAACCAAAUUAAAGAGAGUGAGAUAAAGGGUCCUCGGGUAUGUUGAUGGAUGAUCAUGUUCCACGGAUUUGGGUUGGAAUUUUAAUGAGUUAGUAAUUGACUCUACAUGGGUGUCACAGUAGAACCAAUGUAGAUUUGGUGACUUGGACCCAGGAAGCGAAGUCAGGACUUUGAGACUCAAGAUGAAUGUCAGUGCAUGGCUACUCUAUGUGUCAUUGCUCUAUACUUGGGCUGAGUACUCUCAGAGGUGCAAAUGUCAAGAUCUCUGUCCAACAGAACUGGAGAAUAAGAAGUCCAAGACUCGCAUAAAGGUGCAUUUUCGCAAUUCUCUCGGACAUAAGCACGCAUCUUCCAGAAGCAGGCCACAACACAGAAAAGGUGCCAGAGUUUGUGCUGACGAUGUACCACCCCGCAUUGUGCAUCACCCCUCUGAUGUCGUGGUGAAAUUUGGAAAGCCAGCCACAUUCUCCUGCCGGGGGGAUGGAAACCCAAAGCCAACCAUUGAAUGGCUGCACAACGGCCAGCCUCUGGAGAUAUCAAAGGGAGAUGGCCAACUGCAACCCAUGAUUUUAUCAGAUGAUCGGCUUUUCUUCCUGAGUGUGGGUGGAAGUGAUCAUGGCCACUCGCAUGAGGGAGUGUACACGUGUGUGGCCAGGAACAGUGCAGGAACGGCCAUGAGCCACAAUGCAACCUUGCACAUUGCAGCACUGCAGGAGGCCUUCACCGUGCAGCCCAGUGAUGUCGAGGUGGCAGAGGGGGAAGUGGCUGUUUUAAACUGUGCCCCCCCAGUGGGACACCCAGAGCCUAACAUUAUGUGGAGAAAAGACGGCCUGCCAAUCAACUACACUGACUUCCACUACACUGAGCUGAAUGGAAAGCUUAUCAUCGCUCCUGCAGAGAAGAACCACUCUGGUGCCUAUGUGUGUGUGGCCAGCAACACGAUGGGGAAGCGCGAGAGCAGGGCAGCUCGACUCACUGUGCUCGCAAAACCAGUUUUAGUGGUCAAGCCAGAAAAUGUCUCAGUGAGAUUGGGGGAGUCUGCCCAGUUCUACUGUCAGGCAAAAGGUGAUCCUCCACCUGCCGUGGUCUGGAGCAGAGAGCGGGGCCCACUGCCCAAUGGCAGAUAUCUUAUGAACCCAGACCAGACACUUCAGAUCCAUUAUGUGACGGCCCAAGAUGCUGGCAAGUACACCUGCACAGCGGUCAACGAUGUCGGUGUGGUCACAGCCACUGCACAGCUACUAAUUGAAGGGCAAACUGCCAGCACGAAGCAGAAAGAUCUCCACAUAGAACUGUCAGCCCUGCGAGUGGUCCUCGAAAAUGUCACAAUCAUGGCCCCAGGCUCCAACAUAUCACAAGUGCAAUGGAAGUUCCAGUCCCUCCCCAUUCAGCCUCAUUACCUCGAUGGCUUUGAGGUCCUCUAUCGUUGCCUUUUCCCCGCCAGCUCCGACUGGGCCGCAAAAAAGGUGACAGUGCCAAGCUUUCAGACCCAGGUUGGCCCAUUAAGGAGAGGCUACAAAUAUGAGUUUAAGGUUCGCCCCUAUGGCAGCAGUUUGUAUGGCCGGGAGAGUAACACACGGCUCCUUAGAGUUCCGGAGACGGUUCCCAGUGCAGCUCCACUCGCUGUGUCCAUAACAGUUUAUCAUGAUCACAACAACUCCAUCCACCUAAACUGGGAGCCUCCUCCAUCUGAAACUCACAAUGGAAUCAUCCAAGGUUACCAGGUGUGGUGUGUCGAGUCAUAUGAGCAGCAGUACCAAAACUGGACUGUUGAUAGCAGCCAACACUGGCUUGAUAUUUUUGCCCUGCAACCGGGGAAACGCUACUGGAUUACCCUUGCAGCAGUGAACGGGGCUGGAGUAGGGGUGCCAAGUGACCCCCAUGGAUUUGUCAUAAACCCACAGAUAAGAGUUACUUCUGAGAGAGAAAGCCGCAGACCGGAUCAGUCUCCCUUGCUUUCGCUGCUUCAGGAUCCUGUAUUGAUCGGCAGCAUUAGUGCCCUCCUGUGGUGCAUUUUGGUAGUUGCAGCUGUCUGCCUCCUAAGACGCCACAGCAAAAUGGGUCACCUUAUACCAGGUCGUGACAGGGCUAAAGGUUUGCGAAAACAAGCUGGUGAAGAUAUCUUUAUUAAUCACAGGAUGACAGCUCCAGACUCUCCAUGGAUCUCUGGGAGUUGGAGACCUGCUUUUAACAAGAAAUACCAAGAUUUGUGGGCUCAAGACCUCAAACCUUCGGGGAUGAGGAACUCAAACUUUCAAGUGCCAACUAAGAAAAACCCUAGCUGUAUGGACUCAGCUGUUCCCAUUGUGACUGACAGCUGUGGCGUCUAUGGCACCUUUUAUGUUGACCUCAUGGGAAAUGGGCUCAAGACCUUCAACAGUCCCAGACGUUACCCCGAAAUGCCUCUUGGCCUGCCACAACAGCAUGGAUUUGAAACCAUUCAGAUAUUCACUCAGCCGAAGACCUCACCACUCACUGGUAGGGAGAUGUUACCAUGGAAACAGUCCAUACGGCCUCAGCCCAAAAUGGGUGUUUUGAGGGAGUCAUGGGAGAAGAAACACAUCAAGCAAGAGGUACAUGCAGUGAAGAGUGUCCCCAUAGUGCAAAUCAGAAACCACGUUGAUCCAUCUUAUGUCAGCCAACAGAGAUUCAGUCAUGUCCCAUCGGGUCAUCUUGAGUAUAAUCAGUUUGCCGACUGCCCUCGGGUACAGCAUAAUUUUGCGUCACUACAACAAGUAGAUGUGCGACCACCACCCAAACUGUUUAACUUGGAGGAAGCUAUGGACAUGCACAGUGUGACUUCAGAUGAAGGAUCCAGUCGCUCCACAAAGCUAACAAUGGAUCUCGGCUCUCUCCAGUCAGUGUGUGAUACCUCAGGCAACUAUCUACUCUCCACCAACAACAAUACGAACUAUCCCUCCUAUAGCCCACUAUCCACUGCAUUGUCCAGCAGAUCUCUGAAUGAAGAACAAGAUGGCACACUAACUGCACAGGAAGCCACCCAGUAUCUGGAGCUUAGUCCCAAACUCGAGAAAUCCAGUGCUCUUUCUUGCCUCCUCCCUCUUCCCUCCACGAUGGGUUGUCACAGUGAGCUCAUCCCUUCUACUCCGAUGCCCCCUGACACUUCCUCUGAGGCCCCACCGAUUGGAUUGCGCCACGCUCGCCUUCAAAGUUCACCUUCCUCCUGUUACAGUGAGUGGGACAGCUCCCUGUGGAACACCUGGAGCUCAAUUACGGAUGGAAACUUUGCAAGUGCCCGCGCAAGCCUCAUCAGCUCAGUCGACAGCUGCUACACCAAUGCCAGUAGCAACUUUGCCCACUUUCUGACAACAGAGUCUGUAUCUGGAGCUUCUUUGUCAGAAUUUUCUCCACCAGCCUCCCCACUCAGCGGCCUGUAUCCAUCAUUUUGCGCCGAGGACCACAGACUCAGAGAGGUGGACCCUGUUCCUGCGUGGGACUGGAGCGUGAACUGGAUGGAGGAAAUGGAAGCUCAGUAUAGAGCUCACUAUCCUGGCAGAAAUACAAAAUCCUUUAAUACUUAGGGAAUUCUUUUCCCAGGUUUGUCAGAACUACAGGACAUCAAAGUGGAUCAACACAAUUUUGUCUUCGCAGCACUGCAACAUAUAAAGCCUUUAAGUACUUUCGGCUUUCCAAAAAUGUUUACAUAUCCAGGUGUAAUGUAGGACAGUCUUUUUUUAUAUUUUUACAUUUCUUUACAUCUAUGAUCUUGCAUUUCUGUAAUUGUUUCCUCAGGUCACCCUAUGGAAAUCCAAAUACUUAAUCUGAAAUCCUGCAAAUGACCUCCAUUGCGUUGUCAUUUUUUUUCCCCUCUCCUUGUAUUACUUUCACACAUUAAAGAGGAGGAUAAUGAGAAACCUCCCUUGGGCUGUUCUCACCUGGUGUGUUCUGAAAAAGACACUAAGCCAGUGAGAUAGAAUCAUUAAGCACAAAAAAAAUACCAAGUGAGCUUUUCUCACAGCAGAUGUUUGCUGAUUUUCAUGUUGGCUGGAAGAUUAUAUAAGAGCUGACAGCUCAGCAAGUAGCGUGUUACCUCCUAAUUUUUUUACUGGCAUACUUUCACAAUAUUUAGUUUGGAACUAUAAAUUUAAAAGACGCUCGCUUUGGGCCCUUCCAAGUUCAUGCCACAAAUUGAAAAUGCUAUUUUUAGGGCCCCUGUCAGUCACAUGACAUUAGGUGUCAUCCCUUCCAACCACCACCUAAGAUGGCAGCCCUGUAUAUCUAGCAGUGGUUAUUUAUAGAUGUGUAAACAUCCAUUAAAGAGCGUUUUUUUUUCUUGCUUAUUAACUUCUUAUUCCAAUGAUUUUUAUAUACUGUAUUAAUUACCCUUAUGCAAACUGUAGAUGAAGUGUUGAAAUCUGUUUCAAUAAUUUGCAUUAUAUAAAACUAAUUUGCAAUCACA